AGAAUGUUUUGCAAUUGGAAAACGGGCUGUUGUGUGCCAAGACACCGAAAUGAAAGGCGAAAUUGAUAUAGGCUCAGGAACUGUCUUGCACCCCCAAUGUAAGAUCCUUGCGGAGUCAGGCCCGAUUAUUAUCGGUUCAAACAAUAUCAUAGAAGAAAAUGUGACGAUUAUAAACAAACAACCGACACCUUUAAUUAUUGGUGACGAAAAUGUCUUUGAAGUUGGAUGCUAUGUGGAAGGAUCCAAAAUUGGGAAUAAAAAUAUCAUAGAAGCAAAAGGUGACAAUUGCGUUAUUGGUGCUGUUUGCUCAACCAAGAAGGAUGAAGUAAUUCCCAAUAAUACUAUUAUAUACGGUGAUCAUCAUAAUCGGAGAACUCAGACAGCAUCCGGAAGCUCUUUCUUUGCACUAAAUUACAGAGGAAAUGGAAACGAUAUUGGAGAUGCCUUAGACGUCAAAUCACCUUUAAUUACAAAGAUUUUGGAUACUAUAGUGGCUUUAACUUAUCAACUAUUAUGGGUCUAUCCAAUAUUUAUACUAAGCUUCGUAUUGAAUGCUAUGUGGUAUCAAGAAAUAGCUGAUAGAGCUUUUAGAAUGUAUUAUGGUCCACCUAUAAAUUCUCGUCGAACAUAUCCUAGGGCAUUAAAAGUUAUGGCUGAUGAAAUCUAUCGUGCAUUAUUAUUCAUGAAUUAUUUGAUAGUGGCAACUUUAGUGUAUGUCAUACCUGUCAUCGGUCCAAUUAUAUCAUUCAUGUAUUUUUGUUGGAUAUAUGCUUAUUAUAGUUUCGAGUACAAAUGGAUUAAUCAAGGUUGGUCUUUGGAACAACGUAUAGGAUAUUUUGAAGAAAGGUGGUCUUAUUUUGCCGGAUUUGGCUUCUUAUUUACCGUGAUAACGUUCUUUGUUGAUCAAUUUUUGAGUGCUGGUGUGUUCGCACUUUUCUUUCCUCUUUAUAUAAUUAUGGCUACUAAUGCAAUUCCUAUGCCGAGGCAUGACGAACGUUCUCGCUUUUCAUCAUUAGUACCAUAUCGAUUGCGAAUAUUUUGGGUAGCAAAGAAGUUGAAUGAUAAAAUAAUCGGUAGUCUACAUCGGGGACAAAGGCGUCUAUCUUUUAAUAGAGAAAAUCACAAGAAAAAUAAAAAUGACAAAUAG